GUCAGCAUACAGGCUUCUUCACCCUAAUUAUUGUUCAAUAAGACAAGUAACACUACUUCUUUAAUAAAAGGGAUAAAUACCUAUUCUUUAAUCAUAGAUUGCAUAAGCAUGAUGAACAAUAAAAGCAACAGAAAGGGUUUUCAACCAAUCUCCGCACUUUUUUCUCUCUUUUUUUUCUUCCUUGUAUUUUUAUCAUGGGCAACUCCAUCUCCAAAAAGAAGGAAAAACUUCAUAAACACAAACAAAAGAAACAUACUUCAUUACCUCCUCCACCUCGUUUAGAUGUUACGCAUGCAGACAAUGAAAACAGUACCAACACAACUCAAUCUGUGAAUUCCAUCCUCAUGACUUCGUCACAACAUCGAAAGAGUACACAAAACACGCAUUCAACACUUUCUCAACUGAAUCCUGACUACCCUGUUCGGAAUGAAGACGAUCAACAGGACACUAUUCAAAAUGAUGCUUAUAUGGGCAAAGUAGAACACCCUCAACAGCAUAAACUAUUAGCCCAGUCUGAUUUCUGGCCACCCAAGAAAGCAGCCAAUAUGGACCUUGAUGUCGAUUCAAAUCAAUUGACAGUAUCUUCCAUGAACCAACUAACUAUGAAUUCAAUUUCGAGUUUCAAUCUACAGAAUGCGAAUAUUGAUGAUUAUAUUCGUCGGCUUUUAGAUGCUGGCUAUGCUACCAAAGUACCAAAGCAAUUGUGUUUAAAGCAGUCCGAAGUCACAGCGAUCUGUCGUGUGGCUAUGGAUAUAUUUCUAAGUCAGCCUUCCUUAUUAGAAUUAUCUGCACCUGUCAAGAUCGUAGGCGAUACACAUGGACAAUAUACAGACUUGAUUCGGUUGUUUGAAAUGGGUGGAUUUCCUCCAAAUUCAAACUAUUUGUUCUUGGGUGAUUAUGUAGACCGAGGAAAGCAAAGUUUAGAGACAUUUCUGUUGUUAUUGUGUUACAAGAUUAAAUAUCCAGAGAAUUUCUUUAUCUUGAGAGGCAAUCAUGAAUCUGCUAAUGUAACUAAAGUCUAUGGAUUUUAUGAUGAAUGUAAACGUCGUCUGAGUCCAAAGAGUUGGCGUACCUUUGUCGAUGUGUUUAAUACGUUGCCUAUUGCUGCAUUAGUGGCAAGCAAGAUAUUCUGUGUCCAUGGUGGUCUUUCGCCUUCUUUACACAGCAUGGAUGAUAUAAGAAAUAUUCAGAGACCCACUGAUGUACCUGACUAUGGCUUACUGAACGAUCUGUUAUGGGCCGAUCCAGCCGAUAUUGCGGUGGAUUGGGAGGACAAUGAACGUGGCGUAUCUUACUGCUUUGGUAAAAAAGUCAUUAAUGAAUUUUUGGCGAAAUUCGAUUUAGAUUUGGUUUGUCGAGCACAUAUGGUUGUUGAAGAUGGCUAUCAGUUCUUUAAUGACCAUACAUUGGUGACCGUAUUUUCUGCACCUAAUUACUGUGGUGAAUUUGAUAACUUUGGUGCCAUUAUGAGUGUGAAUGAAGAAUUGUUAUGUAGUUUUGAAUUGCUUACACCUUCGGACCACCCCUUAGCAAAGCGAACUUAAAAUUCAUUCUAUUUCAUUCUAAAUAAACAAAUAAAUAGAAAAUUUAUUCUAUUUUGUUCGAUGUUCUUUGAGCUUCUGUGUAUAGUUUGUUUGUGGGGGCGGAGUAGGAAGAAAGCCGUGCACACACUUGCUUGUGCUCUUGGAAGUCAAUAGAACAAAAAAGCUUAAUCUACAUUUCAUAUUAAAUCACUUGUUUUCUUCUCUUUUUUUUUUCAUUCUUUUUUUUUUUCUUUUACUCUUUUUUUCUCUUUGCUCUCUGUUCAUUCUUUUCUCUUUUUAUGUUACUUUUUCUUUAAAAAAAAAUUAAAGUAAAAGUAAAGAAAAAGAAAAAGAAGAAAAAGAAAGAAAGAUAGCGUCAAUGCUCUACACGCAUGUUAUUAUUUAAGGGGGGUUUAAUUAUGUUUUGACUAAAAAAGUCAAAACAGAACAUCGUUCAUUUUAUUAUUAUUAUUAUUAUU